AACUUGGUCGCAAAACAUUUUGAAAUCGGCUCUGUCACCAAAGCCACAAAGACCGUCUGCGCCCAAAGCAAAAUCUAAUCCGUCGGGUCUCCGAUGGUAAGUGCAUCAAUAUAGAGCCGAUGCAGUUCCAUAAAGUACAACGAGAGCUUCUGUACACACACACCAACAAUACCUGGUAAACAUGGUUUCGAUCCUCCCGCUCAAGAAAUUUUGGGCAGUUUUGGUGGUUGUUCUGGUGCUGGCCCAAGGAGGGUGUCUAGCAACAAACAAUAAUGAGUUGAACUCUAGUGAAGAAGCCGACAGCGGUGAGGAAUCCACAGCCUUCAACCUGGAUGAGUUUCGUCUUUGCCGCAUCUCUCCUAGCCCAGUCUUGGGCCAACCAAAGGUUGAGACACCUGAGUUGGUCAUGGCAUUGGGAUACCAAUGUGCCGGAGAUGUCUACAACCAAUUCGCCACACUGAUGGAACAAGUGAUCGAACAGAGGGCAGCCAAAGGAUACAACUGGGGUAAACGCUCGACAAUCCUUGCCUCUUCUUCGGAAGGAAACAAUAAAGCCCGAUCCAUCUUGAUCAUGGGGAACUCGCAUACCCGCCAGCUAACCAGUACGUUGCUCUGUCAGUACAAGGACGAAGUCGUUGAUUCCACCAUGCUCUACCCCGUCCCAGAACAUCCUUUGCAGGGAGUUCUAAAGGUCCAGAUGAAACACAAUCUCAUUGUUUAUGCCGUUACCAAUAGUCCCUUUUUCCAUUCACUCGACUGGGAUACUAUACUACUCGAGAAUACCAUCCAACAGCCUCUCUCUUCCAUGGAUGCGAUUAUUUUGGGAAAUAUCAACGGUGCCCAUAAAUCAGCCGAAGAGGAAAAUGACGAAUCCGAGCUAACCGGAGCAGACAAGGCAAUGGCGGCACUGAUGACAGCCUUUCAAGAGACAUAUCCAGAACUGACAGUGGAUGGUGAUAUACCCGGACCAACAGUCAAGGAUGUAGCAGACAAAUACGAUGGAGGACCCAUCAUUUAUGUCUCUGCGUUUGCCAGUAGGUUUGCCGUGCGAUCCAGUGAAAUGAUGGAACAAGUGAAACACGAAACCAAUGUCCAUUUUGUAGAUGGGCGAAGGUACAUUCAUGAAAUGAAAGAGUUGCAACAGCAGAAUGAGAACGAGGAGACCCCCUCUGUCUAUGAAUGCAGCUCCGACAGUCGAGCACAAGUAGGUACCUGUAACACGGAUGUUUCCGACUCUCGGUUCAAACAAGGACAUCGAUGUACUGGGGGUCGGGGUGGGCAUCCUGAUUUGAUUGCAUGGGAUGUCAUCACCAUGCUUCGCAAGAUCUUUCGGAGUGAGGACCAAACAAGGUACUAGCUAGCUAGAUAGCUGAUUAGACUAGUUUUUCCUAUCGUUCUAUCUAGAUAGAUAGAUAUCAGUUUGAUUCGCCAAU